CGUGACGUGAGGUUAUAUUUGAUAACUGCAAUUGCUAGAGUGUAUCAGUUGUACGUUUCUUCGGCUUUAAAGUGACAAGUUAAAUGUUUAUAUAAAAAGAAAGAUGUCCAGCGUAGAUUGGGAAGAAGUCAAGAGGCUGGCCGCCGAUUUCCAGAAAGCGCAGCUCAGUUCGACUUUACAAAAACUUUCUGAACGGAAUUGUAUAGAGAUUAUAACAACAUUGGUAGAAAACAAGCUUUUGGAUAUUAUAUUUACUAAUGAUGGCAAAGAAUAUGUAACUCCCCAGCAUCUUGGGAAAGAAAUCAAAGAUGAAUUGUAUAUUCAUGGUGGAAAAAUUAGUUUAGUCGACUUAGCGCAAAUUCUUAAUGUUAAUUUAUCACAAGUAACUAAAGUAGUAACAGAAAUUGAGAAACACAAUAAAGGACUAAAAGUAAUAUUGGGACAACUCAUCGAUAGAAGUUAUAUAAAUAAAAUUGCAGAAGAGAUAAAUGAUAAACUUGUACAACAUGGUUGUAUCAAUGUGGCUGAAUUGACACUUACUUAUAAUUUACCAGCCGAAUUUCUACAAUCAGUUAUUGAAAAAGAAUUGGGAAAGAUAAUUCAUGCCACGCAAGAUUACCAAGACCCUAAGGUCUUUUAUACCGAAAGCUUUAUCGCUAAAAAUAGGGCAAAAAUUAGAGGUGCUUUGUCUGCUGUCACGAAACCUACACCACUAUCUGCAAUAUUGGGUCAAUGUGGAGUUCCAGAAAGGAUAUUUUUUUCAAUUCUGGAUGGUCUACAAGAAGUAAAACAGGUGCCUGGAGUUGUAACUGGAAAACAGAGUGGAAAUAGCAUUUACAUACCUACUAUAUAUUCUAAAAGUCAGAAUGAGUGGGUUGAAAACUUUUAUAAGCAAAAUGGAUAUUUAGAAUAUGAUGCGCUUAUAAGACUCGGGAUAUCGGACCCAUCAGGUUUUGUAAAACGUCAUUUUUCAAGUGAGAACAUGAUCUAUUUAAAAUCAGUAGCUGUCGGAACAGUGGUAAUGGAUCAAGUUGACGCUAAUAUCGAAGAAAUCAUUGCGACUGGAUCUUUCGUUGAUCUUUAUCCCCUUUUACCAUCUGUAUUCAGUGACGAGGAUGCGGAAAUUCUCCUAAAAUUAGCUACAAAGAAAACAAAAGCCAAUGUCCAUAUAUUUGCUAAAACAGUUGCAAUUUCUGAUGCCUUCUUACAGACUUUAACUAAAUCCCUUGAAAUAGUAGCAGAACAAAAGGCUCGAGAAGUAGUAGCUAAUGGAAAAUGGAUUCAGUCUAUUGCUGAAAAUAAAUUGAAAUCAAAAUCUGCAGAUCUUAUAAUUGAAAAUAAAACGAGUAAAAAGGAAGAACGAAGAAAAAAGGCAGUUGUUGGUAAAGCAGGUGGCGGUAGCCAAGGUAGGGAAACCAAGACAAAGUCUACAAAGAAGAAGUAUCUUCAAGGAAAGGCACAAGAAAAUGAGUCCGAUGAAGAUGAAACGAGGCAGACAUCAGUCGGAAAGGGCGAGAUUACGUUAAUAUCUUUUGAAGAAGUAAAAGCGAAAAUUAUGGAAGAUGAGAAUAUAUCUGUAAUUGAAGAAUUGGCGAACGAAUUAACGUAUUAUCUGCAACCGAAAUUAAAUAAAUCCGCAUUAUCGUUGGCAGAACAAUUAGCGCAAUCCAACAAGACCACGAAUCUAAGUGAGAUCAGUGAGCGCUUAAAUGUUCUAAUAACAAAUAUUCGAAUAUUCGACAAGGGUAUUAAACAUUUAGACAAAGCAGAUCAAAUCUCACUGACUAAAUAUUUACUCAAGUCGCUAGGUCUCGAUUUUGUAACGAGUAUAUUUAAAUUGGCUGCUCAACAGAAUAUGCUACAAGUGGCAGAGAAUCUUACAACAGAGAUAAGGCAAAGAUUAUUGCUCGAACUACCUGCAGAUGUUAAAGAAUCAUUAACUGCUGUCCACAAAACAAUAAUGGGAGAUUCUGUGGAAGAUUUUUUGAAUACCGUUGAUGGAGCAAUGGCAGCUUGCUGUUUGGUCCUGAAAAAAUAUGAUAAGAAAAAAGAGCGACCACAGGUGCAUGCUCAUAGAGAAGCUCUGUUGGAAGAAUUAAACGCCACGCAAGAUCCCGCAUUAGCAUUGCAUUUAGUUACUAGCGUGCUUUUCACUGCUGUCACACAAAAUGCCUUACAUAUGUCUGGUAGACAUGUAACAACUGUUCUCGCAUUCCUCCAAAAACAAUUAGAACCUGAUACAAUAUCGAUUCUUUCUAAAUAUCAUGACUUGGUACUUAAUCUACUAAGUGCCUCUGAUGAAAAUGUAAAGAUGGAAGUCUCCAGAGCUUUGGAAGAAGGAUUAAUGGAUAUAAAAAAUAUCGCCAACAAUUUCAAGCAACAUGUGAAAACAGACAAGUCUUGAAAGGGAUAAUAUAACUGAUUGUAUAAAUAAAAUAAUUUGUAAAAUAAUUUAGAUUU